CUCACGGGCCCUAACUUUACAGUUUUAUAAGCCAUAUAAAGUCUUUUUCCUCGCUUAAGUCAGUUUGGAUAGAGUUUCGGUCAUUGCAACUGAAGGAGUCCUGCCGAGUAGACCAGUCUCAGAAGGAAAUAAGAAGUAGGCAGUGAUACAACUGCUCAUUUCUAUAUUUUUUCCCCAUUUCCCCCCUCUCGUCGUGUAUUCAGUGCCUUUAUGCGCUCUUCUUCUUAUUUUCUCAUGAGGCUUAAAGGAUGGCCUCCUCAGAUCUGGAACAAUUAUGCUCUCAUAUUAAUGAAAAGAUUGGCAAUAUUAAAAAAACUCUGUCAUUAAGAAAUUGUGGGCAAGAACCUACCUUGAAGACUAUAUUAAAUAAAAUAGGAGAUGAGAUCAUUGUAGUAAAUGAACUUCUAAAUAAAUUGGAAUUGGAAAUUCAGUAUCAAGAACAAACCAACAAUUCACUCAAGGAACUCUUUGAAUGUCUUGAAGAAGAUUAUAAAGAUGUGGAACAUCUCAAAGAAAACAUUCCUCCCCAUUUGCCUCAAGUAACAGUAACCCAGAACUUUGUUAAUGGAUCAGAUCUUGACCCUGAAGAACCAGUCAAAGUUGAGAAAGCUGCACCCACAAAGAAGCCCUCCAAAGAACAAAAAAAUGUUAAAGAAAUGCCAUUUAUAACUUCUGAUGAGUUUAAUGGCAUUCCUGCGUACAUGAAAUCACGCUUAACUUAUUGUCAAAUUAAUGAUGUUAUUAAAGAAAUCAACAAGGUAGUAGUUAGUAAAUAUAAGAUCUUACAUCAACCAAAAAAGUCUAUGAGUUCUGUGGCCAGAAAUCUCUAUCACAGAUUUAUUGAUGAAGAAACGAAGGAAACCAAAGGCCAUUAUUUUGUAGUGGAAGCUGACAUAAAGGAGUUCACAGCUUUGAAAGUUGACAAGAGAUUUCACGUGAUACUGAAUAUUUUACGACACUGCCGGAGGCUAUCAGAGGUCCGAGGGGGAGGACUUACCCGAUAUGUUAUAACAUAAGGCCCUUGUGAGCUUUUGAACCAGCCAACAGUAGGGUAUAGAGGCUAUUCCUAUAGUUUCCUUAUAUGUAAUUUCUUUAUAUAUAAUAUCUUUAGCCAUUUCUUUUUCUUUUUCUUUGUUUCUUGUAAAAAUAAAACUUAAAAAUAAAUAACGCAUGUAUAUUUUAAAAUCUACUUCCUUACAGUAAAUAUUUAAUCACCUACCAUGUGAGCCUCUGUUCUAGGCAUAAAAAUGUUCAUAUUUAGUUUUUGUGUUUAGUGACAGCGCUGCUGACCCCAGUAAGACGGUUGCAAAUGUGAUCAUAAAAGUCAAAGUUCAAGAAGAUAAGAUCAAGGAUAUCCAGGGUCUUUGGAAUUAAAGGUUAUUAGUGUCUAAAUUCCACUAAUGAUAUUUCAGUCUAUAGGCAAAAGUUGGAUUUGGAGGCAGCCCAUCCACGUGGUUAUUCUGCUUUCCCAUAUGUGGUUAAGGAACAGCUUACCUGAAAUGCAUUCAGUGUAAAUCAGUCUGUAAACACUGACCUGUAAUGAAAUUGUAAUAAAAGUAUUUUGAGAUGAAAAAGAUGACAAAAUAAGACGUGUAAGGUCAUGGAAAAUGAGUGGUUAGAUUGUAAGAAUUUAAUGGAGUUUCUCUUGCGCACUUGGGGAGGUUGUUAGUCUAUGUCUUAGUGAGCGUUCUCCAGAGAAACAGAACCAAAAGGCUAUCUAUCUAUAUCUAUCUCUAUAUCUAUCAUCUACCUAUCUGUCUUUCUAUCUACCUGUCUAUCUGUCAUCUAUCUAUUGACUAUCUCUUCUAUCUAUCUAAUUCUCUCUCUCCUAUCUAUCUCUUCUAUCUCCCCAAUCUAUCUAUCUAUCUAUCUAUCUAUCCAUUCUAUCUUUCUAUCUACCUAUCAUCUAUCUAUCUACCUAUCAUCUAUCUAUUGACUAUCUCAUCUAUCUAUCUAAUUCUCUCUCUCCUAUCUAUCUCUUCUAUCUAUCUCCCCCAAUCUAUCUCUCUAUCUAUCCAUUCUAUCUAUCUAUCUAUCUACCUACCUAUCUAUUUAUCUAUCUAUGGAGAUUCAUUAUUAGGGAUUGGCUCAUGUGAUCAUGGAGGCUGAGAGACCCGCAGGUCUGCUGUCCGCAAGCUUAUGGAUUAUGGAGGCCCAGGAAAGCUGGUGGUGUGAUUCAGUCUGAUUGUGAAGGCCUGAGAACCAGGGGAGCCAGGCCAGAGCGAUGACACGAGAUGUUGAAGCUCAGCAGUGAGGCAGGAAAAAAGAGCAAAUUCCUCCUUCCUUCCUCCACCUUUUGUUCUGUUCACGUUGUGGGUGGAUGGGAGGAUGCCCACCCACACAGGGGAGGGUAGUCUGUUUCACUGAGUCCACUGAUUCCAAUGCUCAUGAUUUGGUUUAGCUGUAUCAUCUGGUUUGCAGGAAACACAAGGAAUAGAGAAACAAGUUAAAUGUUAUCAUGAAGAAGCAAUCAGACAAAUCCAGAUAUAACAUAAGUAAGCUGGUCUCUUAAACACAAGUCAGUAACAGAAAAAAAUAAAGGGCUCCUGUUCUAGGAUAAAAGACUAAGAGCUUAGUCAAAUAUAAACCAUGAACCUUGAUUCCGUUUGAAAAAAAGAUUGAGGGACAAUUGUAGAAAUUUUAAUAUAGGUUGUGUAUUAGAUGCUGUGAGAGAACUAGUAUCCGUUUUUAGUUAUGAUAAUAGUCAUGGU